AUGCCCGUACUCGAUUUGAAACUGUACACUACAAUCUCCGUAUGUGUCGCCCUAGUGGCUUUUUUGUACUCUUGUGAUAUUUUUACUUUACCUUUCACAACCUCUUUCCAAAAAUGGUUUCUAUUCACUUCUUCCCUAACGCCAGUUGACAACUCGCAAAACGAAGCUUGCAUCGAUGUAUCCACAGAACAUCGGUCUUCUAACAACAUUGAUGAGUCAUGGGAUGUUCCAGAAAAAAGUCCACACGUUGCCACCUCAGUAUUUCAAAAUAUGUUAGCUGAGAGGUAUUUAACGCCGAGAAAACCUGUGGGAUCUAUGGGUCCUUUCCUCACAUCACUAUUCAAUUUUCUACAAAAAGAGAAGACAUGUGUGAUG